AUGGGAAACUACUACAGACCCCUGACUCACCAUAUAGAGAGCCGGUGCACCCUGCGUGCCAAGCUGUGCCCGGACACCUGCCAUUCCGAGUUCUCGGGCAUGGCCUGCCGGAACCGCCGCGUGGAGGGCUGCACGUGCGACCGGGGCUUCGACCUCAGCGGUCUCCGGUGCGCCCCCAGGUCCGAGUGUGGCUGCCUUGACCCCACGGCCGGCUACCUCAAGGUGGGGGAGCGGUGGUUCAAGCCAGGCUGCAGACAGCUCUGCAUCUGUGAGGGCAGCAACAGAACUCGCCGUGUGCAGUGGAGGUGCCAGGCCCAGGAGGCCUGUGGUCGGCAGGAUGGCAUCUAUGGCUGCCACGCUCAAGGGUCCGCCACCUGCACUGUCUCGGGGGACCCGCAUUACCUGACGUUCGACGGAGCCCUGCACCACUUCAUGGGCACCUGCACCUACACCCUGACCCGGCCUUGUUGGUUGAGGUCCCCAGAGAAUUACUUCGUCGUGAGCGCCACCAACGAGUUCCGCGGCGGAGACUUGGAGGCCUCCUCUGUCAAAGCCGUCCAAGUGCAGGUCUCCAAUCUCAGAAUCUCCAUGAUCAAAGGCCGCCAGGUCAUGCUGGACGGUCGCCGGGUGGCCCUGCCCGUGUGGCCUGCACAAGGCCGGGUGAACGUGAGGUCCAGCGGCUCCUUUAUCCUCCUCUGCACGGACUUUGGGCUUCAAGUUCGCUCUGACGGGAACCUGAUGGAAGUGACCCUGCCCUCCUCCUGCGGCCGGCUCUGCGGGCUGUGCGGGAACUGCAACAACAGCCUAGACGACAAUCUGCAGCCUGAGAAAAGGCCUGCAGUCAGCUCCGUGCACCUGGGGGCCUCCUGGAAGCUAAAUGAGUUAUCUGAACCUGGCUGCUUUGCUGCGGGUGGAGAGCCCCCCAGGUGCCUGGGGAAGAAAGUGACAGACGCCUGGAAUAAGAACUGUGAUAUCUUAAUGAACCCUCAGGGACCCUUCUCCCAGUGCCACGGGGUGGUGGCCCCGCACUCCAGCUUCACCAGUUGCGUGUACGGCCAGUGUGGGGCCAAGGGCGACGCCUUGACCCUGUGCCGCUCCCUGCGGGCCUACGCGUCCCUGUGCGCCCGCGCGGGCCAGGCCCUCGCUUGGCGGAACACCACCAUCUGCCCUCUGCACUGCCCCUUGGGCAGCAGCUACAGCACCUGUGCCAACCCCUGCCCGGAGAGCACUCCAGCGUACUGCCCGUCCUCGCUGCCCUGUGCCGAGGGCUGCGGGUGCCAGGAAGGCCACAUCCUGAGUGGGACCUCCUGUGUGCCCCUCAGCCAGUGUGGCUGCACCAGCCAGAGGGGCUCCUACCACCCGGUCGCGGGGAGCUGGUACACGGGCAACACCUGCUCCAGGCUCUGCACCUGUUCCGCUCACAGCAACGUCUCCUGCCUCCAGACCGCCCGCAAGCCUGGCCAGACGUGCGGGUCCCAGGAUGGGCUGAUACGGUGCCGGGCGGCAGGGAUGGGAGAGUGCCGCAUCCGUGACACGUCCCACUACGUAAGCUUCGAUGGCAGUUACCAUGCGCUCAGGGGCACCUGCACUUACGUCUUGGUGAAAAUAUGCCACUCCACCAUGGACCUGCCUUUCUUCAAGAUCAGUGGCAAGAAUGGGAAGCAGAAAGACCAACCCCACACUUUCCACCUCCGCCGGGUCCACGUGGACAUCUUUAAUACCCUGGUCACCCUGAAGAAGGACCAAGUGCUGAUCAAUGGCACGCGAGUCACCCUCCCGGCGACCACCCAGAUCCGGGGAGUCAAAGUCAUUUCCGGGGACGGCUACACCGUGCUCACCAUCAACACCGGGGUGCAAGUCAAGUUUGACGGCAGUGGUUUCCUAGAGGUCGAAAUCCCCAAAGCCUAUUAUGAAAAGAUCCCUCGGUCCCCUCUGCACACCCGGACCUGCGACAUGUGCGGGAGCCUCAACGGCGAGGGAGGAGACGAACUGUUGAUGCCUAAUGACGAGCUAGCCCUGGAUGACGUCGUGUAUGUGGGCAGUUGGCAAGACAAGGAGAUGGACCCAAAUUGCCAAGAAGAUGACAAGAAGACUGAUUCAGAACCUCAGGGGAAGCCAAAUACAAACUGCCGGGCAGCUGAGCUGGCAAGAGCCCAGGAGCAAUGCCAGGCGGCUUUUCAGGCUCCAGCCUGGCUGCAGUGUGCCACCCGCGUGAUUCUCAGUCCCUUCUUGCUCAGAUGUACCCACAGCCCCUGUGAGUUUGGAGGCCUCCACCAUGCCCCCUGCCAGUCUCUGCAAGCCUUCGGGGCCGCCUGCCAGGCCCAGGGGAUCAAGCCUCCCAUCUGGAGAAACAGCAGCUUCUGCCCUCUGGACUGCUCCGCCCACAGCGUCUACACCACCUGCGUUCCCUCCUGCCCUCCUUCCUGCUGGGACCCGGAAGGCCAAUGCAAAGGCUCCAGAGUGCCCUCCACUUGCGAGGAGGGCUGUGUCUGUGAGCCCGGCUAUGUGCUCAGUGGACGGCACUGUGUGCCCAGGAGCCAGUGCAGCUGCAGGGACGCCCAGGGCAACUCCCUCCCUGCGGGUAAGUCCUGGUUCUCCGGAGGCUGCUCCAAGAGGUGUGCCUGCAGAGCGGGCGCCGUUCAGUGCUGGCCCUUCACCUGCCCCUCGGGCUCCCAGUGCUAGCCCAACGAGGACGGCAAAGACUACUGCCCACCCGAGAAGUCGGAGCAAUGCACAAUUUAUGGGGACCCCGGUUACCACACAUUGGCUGGCCUCAGCUACCGCUUCCAGGGCCGCAUGACCUACUUUCUGAUCAAGACCUUGGACGUGCUCCCUGAUGGGGUGGAGCCCUUGGUCGUGGAGGGCCGCAACAAGGUAUAUCCAUCCUUCAGCCCCAUCUUCCUGCACGAAAUCAUCGUGAUGGUCUGCGGCUACACAGUUCAGCUCCAGACGGAACUGGGACUUGUAGUCGACGGUCAGAAGAUGGCCAUCCCCUACGAGCCCAACCACCAGCUGCGGGUCACCGUGCGAGGCCAUCGCCUGUAUCUGGUCACAGACUUUGAGCUGGUCAUCAGCUUCAAUGGAAAGAACAAUGCAGUGAUCUCCCCGCCCGUCACGUACCACCGGAGGCUUGUGCGCGGCCUGUGCGGCAGCUGUGACCAGAGCAAGAGGAAAGAUUUCACGCUGCCCAGCGGCGCCCUCACCCAGAACCUCCUUGUCUUUGGCAGCAGUUGGGAGGUGAAGAAGACCGAGGGAGGCCUCCCCCGCUUCUCCCGGGAGGUACAAGAGGAGGAAGUGAAAGAAGAAGAGGCGUCAGGCUUUCAUGUGUCAGGAUGCAGGCCGGAGCUCAUCGAGCACACACAGGCGUGUAGGGUGCUGCUGGACCCCCAGGGCCCCUUCGCUGCCUGCCACCAGCCUGUGGCCCCGGAACCCUUCCUGGAGCACUGUGUGUCUGAUCUGUGUGCCGCCCGGGACCCCAAAGAGCAGGAGGAGCUGCGUUGCCAGGUCCUCAGCGGCUACGCCAUCAUCUGCCAGGAGGCGGGCGCCGCCCCGCUCAGCUGGCGGGACCACACCCGCUGCGCCUUGCCGUGUCCAGCCAGUACCGUCUAUCAGAGCUGUAGGACACCCUGCCCAGCCUCCUGUGCCACCUUGGCAGCUCCCAGGGACUGCAAGGGCCCCUGUGUGGAGGGCUGUGCCAGCCUCCCAGGCUACAUCUCCAGUGGUGCCCAGAGCCUCCCCCUGGCCCACUGCGGCUGCACCAACAAUGGCAUCCACUACCAGCAGGGUGACAGCUUCGUGACCGAGCAUUGCUCCCAGCGCUGCACCUGUGCCAGCUCGGGGGUCCUGCUGUGUGAGCCCCUCAGCUGCAGCCCUGGGGAGAUCUGCACCCUGGGGAACCUCACUCGUGGCUGCUUCCGAGACAGCCCGUGCCUACAGAACCCCUGUCAGAAUGAUGGGUGCCAGGAGCAGGAAACCCACUUCACCUGUGAGUGUGAGCUUGGUACGGGGGGGGACCUCUGCACGGAGCUUCGGGAUGUGCCGCCCCCCAAAAAGCCAGAAGCCUCCAACUUUGUGGUCAUCCUGUUGGGGUUGCUGGUGCCUGUGCUGGUCGUAGUGUCAGAAGUGACCAGAGAGUGCAUUUCCGGGACGAGGAGGAGGAGAAAGUGCAGAGCCAGACCAGAGACGAGCUGCCAGGCACCGGUGAGCACCAGCCCCACCGUCCACAGCUUUGGCUCCGGGAAGUCGAGUCUGCUUCUAAUGCAAGGUUUUCUCGCUUUCUCCUCAGAUCUUGCUCCAGAGCAUGCCUUCAAAGUCGCUCAGUUUUGA